CACAUCUAUGCGUUACCUUUCGUACGACACUAUUUACAGCUAAGUAUAUACCGAAACAAACAAGCAUUAACAGCUGAAGCCCAAAGUGUUGUAGAUCUUCUUUGCGUUAAGUAACUAACUUAGAGAACAUACAUUUCCUUUUACAAAUGUAUGGAAUUACUGGUCGGAAAGCUCAAAGUUCCUUUGACUGUUUGAGAAUUGUUCAACCACAUAGCCCAAAAAUUUGUUGAGAAUUACCACGAGAAUCUAUUUUUAACAGAACAUCCCACCACCUGCUAUCCAUAACGCCUACCUAGUUCGUCCCCCUACUGCUUCUUUGCUCAAAGCUGUAUGCUUGGGGAGGCAACAAACCCCCACUGACACGUCUUUGGUGUAGUGUUAUCCCCCCACCAUCCACGCAGUAAAUUCCAAAUAUACAUCGUAAUUCACCGCACUCGCUCCUCUCCUAACCCCAAUGACUGCUACAAAGGAGGAAUCCAAAAAAGUGCUGGAAUGGCUUCGUUCCCAGAAGGACAAUAAGAUCUGCUUUGAUUGCGGCUCAAAGAACCCAACAUGGAGUUCAGCUACUUUUGGACUAUUUAUUUGCCUAGAUUGCAGUGCUGUUCAUCGUAACAUGGGUGUCCACAUAUCUUUUGUCCGUUCGACAGUUUUGGAUAGUUGGUCGUAUAGCCAACUGCGAAUUAUGAGAGUCGGUGGCAAUGGCAACGCCAAACGGUAUUUCAAGGAACACGGCGGACUUGCUUCUCUGAAUUCCAAGGAUCCUACUGUGAAGUACACAUCUCGGGCAGCCAAGUCUUACAAGGAAGAGCUGAAACGUUUGGCAAAGGAAGACGAAAUUCAACACCCAGAUAUUCUUGACUUUGCUGUCGCUUCGGCCGCUGGAGCCGCGGCGUCUUCUACUCCUGCUGAUGAUGACGACGAUUUUUUUGCUGCUUGGGACAAACCCGCUAUUGCUAAGCCUAGCAGUUCUUCAUCUGCAGCACGCACAAGCAAUGAUCCAGAACCUUCCUCAACUGCUAGUGCGGCUCCUGUGAACUUGUUAGACGAUAUUCCGGCUGCACCGAGUGAAGACAGUGUUGCCUUGUCUUCUACUGCCCCUUCCACCGGAGUAAAGACUACACCUUCGGCAAUCCCCGCUCGUUCUGUGCAAUCCUCGCGGUCUUCCAAGCUUCGCUCCAACGCCUCUAGCUCAAGAACCAAAAACAGAAAGCUGGGAGUGAAGCGUUUAGAUGUUGAUGCCGACUUUGACGAGUUUGAGAAGGCGUUCUCCUCCUCACCUGCCGAAAAAGCUUCUGCUCCCCAAGAAAAAGCAAAGGGUUCAGUUGCAAAGCCUUCAGUGGUUGCCGACUCUCUCAAAUCGAAGAUGGCAACUGCUUCGACCGCGUCCAAGAAGACGACCACGAAACAAGAAAAGCAUUCUACUGCCCCCGGCUUUUCUCGUGCUUCCAGCACAGACUCUUCCAAGUCUGGUUCCGUUGCCCAACUCGAUGCCAGCUUUUCUCGCUUAGGUUUCGGUCAAUUUGCUGCUGCCGCAAAGGCUCGUGCACAGGCUCAGGCCAAGGCUCGUGAGCUGAAGAAAAAGGAAGCAGAGGUUACCACGUUUGCCCGUGAGCGGUUUGCUUCCCAAAAGGCUAUUUCUUCCGACCAAUACUUUGGUCGUGGCUCUUACGACCCUGAAGCAGAAAAAGAGGCCCAAGAGCGUUUGGCUUCGUUUUCCAACGCCAAUGCUAUUUCUUCCAAGCAGUACUUUGGCGAGCCGGAAAAUGAGAGUGACGAGGAGCUUGGCGGCAACAAUGAACAAGAGUUCGUGAACAGUGAAUUUUUCCGCCAAGUUGCCGAGACUACUGUAAAAGAUUUAGAAAACCUGAAAGACAGCCUACAACAUGGCGCUGAAAAAUUCCAAGGCUUUCUUCAAAAUCUUAGUUCUCGGUACGACUUUUGAAAUGCAUAAUCAUGUCUUUAGAAUUCCGUCACACAUACUCACACACUCUCACAUCUUCACACAUCCAGUUCCUUUACUUUUGCAACGGUUUAAGCACUUGUACUAUUUCUCUAUUUAGUUGAAGGAACUGGGAGGCAACCCCUUGAACAGUUACAGCAUUCCUUUGUACUCGCUAUUGAUCCUACCAACGUGUUUGCCUUCCCGAUCUCCGUUGAACUGUUGA